AUGCUUGAAGCAAACGCAGUUAUUGAUACAAAGGAAAAGAAAUUCUCGAAGUUUUGUAAGAUGUCUAUGAGUUUACUUGGUAUAGCAUUUCUUUUCUUAAUCCUUGUUGCGGACGGUGAAGCUCAAUUAAAUUUUUCUACCGGAUGGGGCCAAGGUAAAAGAAGUCAAGAUAUGCGAAUUAGAUCGAGUAAUAUGGAUUGUUCGCCGCAAGGUGCAUCGCUGGAACAAUUAUUAAAGUUAUAUUCGUUUAUUCAGAUGGAAGCUCAAAGGAUCUUGGAUUGCCAAACCUUGAACAAGUGAACCAGGAAAAUGUCAUUGGUCUUAUCAAAAUCGGAUUUAUGCCAGAAUACAUAUUGUCAGUUUAAAUUAAAAUAAUGCAAUUUGAAUAAUGUAAUGAGUCGCCAUCUUAUAAUUUUUUUCCUACUGCGCAGAUGACAGAUUAGCGUACAUAGCAGAUAUUGGUGUAGAUAAUUUUCUAUUUAUUAUAUAUAUCUCAAACACAAUAAUGUUUGAAUUGCCUUUGUUAUAUGACACGAUCUAAAACUAAUUAUUUUCAUUUACUUGCUACAUGCUUUGUACAUAAUAUGUAUUGUAACGUGAGCUGGUAUUGAGACAAGUAAUAUACUAUUUCUUGGAAGCUGGUCUUCUUGUGGCCCUGAGAACAUCUACUGUCGUACAUUAUCUAUAAAUGUUGCAAUUCGACAAAUGUAAUCUCAAAAAAUAAACCAACAUUGUUAACUGUAUUCUGAAA